UUUUAAAUGAAUUUCCAUACAUGUGGUUUAUUGGCCAAAAAACUAGUAUUGAUUUCAAGUUAUGUCUCUUUCAUCGAUAUUUAAUUUGAAACUAGUUCCCGCCGCUCGACUGCUCAACUCAAAAUCAGACUAUAAAUAAGCAGAUGCCCCAGCCUAACAGUAUAGUUAUCUUUGAAUACCUCAACGAUCUACACAAUCCUUUCAACAUGAAGUUCCUCAUUGUCUUCGUUGCCCUGUUCGCCCUGGCCCUCGCCGCUCCUUCCGCUGAUGUGCAGACCCUCCGUUCCGAGUCGGAGGUGGGACCCGAGAGCUACAAGUACGCUCUGGAGACCAGCGAUGGCACCAACAAGGUCGAGGAGGGACACCUGACCAACGUUGGAUCCGAGAAUGAGGCCAUCGCCGUUAAGGGAUCUUUCUCCUUCGUCGCCGAUGACGGACAGACCUACACCGUCAACUACAUCGCCGAUGAGAACGGUUUCCAGCCCUCCGGCGCUCAUCUGCCCGUUGUCUAAGCUAAGCCGCUGAAGUCACCGUUGAUCACCAUUCCUUGUUAAUAUCCCCAAAAAAUAUUCCAAAAGCGAUAUAAUCCUUCGAAUUCCAUUCGAAAAGAUCAAAAUCUAAGUCAAUUGUUUAAUAAUAAAGAAAAUAAUGAGUACCUAA